GGGUUGUAUGUGAUAAUCUGAGCUUUUGAGAUCACAAUCAUCUUCUUAGAAAGGGAUAUAGCGAUGGAAGUAUGAAGAUAAAGAAAGACGAAACGAAAAUAAACAUUAUUACAGUGACUGUGCAUAGCAGAUGAGGAGGGCAUACCUGCCACCUGAAAUAGUUCCAUCUGACCAAAAAUGUCAGAGUAGAAGUAAUGAGUAUUGAGAAAAUAAUUUUUGUUACAGAAAUUUAUCUUAAAUUUUACCAGUUCCAGUUAACCCACUUAAGCGGUUGAAUAUACAGGCCCAUGAUGAUUUUUCCAAUCAAAGACAUUUAUUUAAUGAUCAAAUAAUGCUUUGUUUACACAUAUGAUUAUCACCUUUAUAUUCAGAUAAGAAGUUCAUAAUAUCUCUGAACUAAUUUCAAACUAUCAUAAUUGUGUUACUGAUCUCUCAUAUAGUCUGUCCGUGCCUUUAUUACCAAUUUAUUUGUUAAAUGACAUUGUUGGAAAGGAAUUGAAGUAUGAAAUUUGCUGAACAUCUUACCGCACACAUCACGCCAGAAUGGAGAAAGCAAUAUAUAAAUUACGAGGAAAUGAAAGCCAUGCUUUACAUGGCUGUAGAAGAAGCGCCGUCCGCCGAAAGCGUGGAACCAGAAGUCGUAGCGAGGCAUUUUGCAAACUUUGAUGAGCAGUUUUUCCAUUACUGUGACAAAGAACUGAAGAAAAUCAAUACAUUUUACGCGGAGAAAUUGGCAGAGGCGACGAGGAAGUUUGCAAAUUUGAACAGCGAAUUGAUAGACUCCGUCAAACAAUUGAAUAUGGGAAAGAAGAAAACUGGGAAGAAGAAUAUACCAGUUCGAAAAAUGCAGGAGCUCAAACUAGCUUUCAGCGAAUUUUAUUUGAGUUUGAUUUUACUGCAAAAUUAUCAGACUUUGAACCACGUUGGUUUCAGGAAAAUUCUCAAGAAACAUGAUAAGUUAUUGGCUACUGAUGUGGGUGCGAAAUGGAGGCAAGAGCAAGUAGAAACUUCUCAUUUUUUCACCAAUAAGGACAUAGAUCAAAUGAUAGCUGAUACGGAAAACACAGUAACUAAUGAACUGGAAGCAGGCGAUAGGCAAAAGGCUAUGAAAAGGUUGCGUGUUCCUCCACUAGGUGAACAACAGUCACCUUGGACUACAUUUAAAGUUGGUCUUUUUUCAGGUUCAUUUAUUGUUUUACUCAUUACGGUUGUUCUAUCAGCAAUAUUCCAUGAGGGGUCCAGCGACAAUUUGAAAAUAGCUUUCCGCUUGUUCAGAGGUCCACUUCUCAUCAUCGAGUUCUUAUUUCUGAUUGGGGUGAACGUUUACGGUUGGAGAUCUUCAGGAGUGAAUCAUGUCCUCAUAUUUGAACUCGAUCCAAGAAAUCAUCUGUCUGAACAGCAUCUUAUGGAACUGGCGGCCAUAUUUGGAGUCGUAUGGGCGAUGAGCUUGCUGAAUUAUCUGUACAGUGCCGGGCUGAGCAUACCGCCCUAUGUGAGUCCCGCCGUUUUGGUAUUAGUGAUGCUGAUUUUUUUGGUGAAUCCACUGAAAGUAUUCAGGCACGAUGCUAGAUUUUGGUUUUUGAGAAUCUGUGGUCGGAUGUUUGGAGCUCCAUUUUUUCAUGUAGGAUUUGCUGAUUUCUGGCUUGCUGAUCAGCUCAAUAGUCUUGUGAAUGCUCUUCUAGAUUUUCAAUUUCUCACUUGUUUUUAUUUCACAAACGGAAGUUGGGAUGUAGCUGGAAAUACAUCUGAGUGCAUGGAGAGUAAUUUCAUCAUCAGGCCUUUGGUGAAUUGUAUACCAGCAUGGAUCCGUUUUGCGCAAUGUCUCAGGAGAUAUUACGAUACCAAAGAGGCUUUUCCUCAUUUAGUAAAUGCCGGAAAGUACUCUACAACUUUCCUAGUGGUUAUUUUUGCCACACUGAAAUCAGUAUACAAAGAUGAUUAUGCAAAUUCAUCAGAGAAUCCAUAUGUAUUUUUAUGGAUAGCGUCUCAAAUAAUAAGCUCCUCCUAUGCCUACACUUGGGAUAUCAAAAUGGAUUGGGGACUUUUCGAUAAAUCUGCUGGAGAAAACACGUUUUUAAGAGAGGAAAUAGUCUAUCCAUCUUCGUUCUACUACUUUGCAAUAAUAGAAGAUUUUGUUCUACGAUUCGCUUGGACGAUAUCCUUAUAUCUUACUGAGUAUGGUUAUGUCAGCAGCGACAUAAUGACAUCCAUCCUAUCACCUUUGGAAGUGUUCAGAAGGUUCGUUUGGAACUUUUUCCGAUUGGAAAAUGAACAUCUGAAUAACUGCGGUAAAUUCAGGGCGGUCCGUGAUAUAUCAGUCGCUCCGAUAGAUUCUUCUGACCAAACUCAAAUACUGAGAAUGAUGGACGAAGAAGACGGAGUGGUUAACAGAGAGCGAGGAAAGAGGAAAACAAACAAAAAGAAGGAAGAUAAGAGGCCUUUACUUCUCGAUGAAUCCAUCAUAACUUUCAAAGCGAUACCAAUGUCCACUAUUCAAGCCUGAAAUUAUUGAAGUUUGAUUCAUUUCCUUCAUUCAGUAACUUAAAAUAGUACUUUGUACUUAAAGAGCGUUUUAAUGACCCCGGAGUUGGAGGUAAUGAAGAGAAGUGAAAUAACUGAACAAGAAACACAUUUUAAAGAAGAGAGAAGGAAAGAAACAUGAUUAACGAGUUUAUGCUUUGUAGUUGUAGAGCGGCUGUGCUUUUGUCAUGUCAAUGGCAUGGCCGUAACCUCUCUAGUUGGCUUGUAGAGUUUAACCUUUGAAUACCCAUCAUGUAACUUCUUUGCUGUAGUGAUCUGGAGCUCAAUAUGCAUCAACUUUGAAUUAAAAGUUUAUGCCUCAAUAUACAAACUACUAAACAUCGAAAAUAAGGAUCUCCAAUUUUUUGUGCCAAACUGGUAGGAGGUCUUUGGCAGUAUUAUUGAAGACAUUCCUGUGCGAUGAAUAUUUUAUUGUAAUUAUUACAUUUGUGAAUAUGUAUAGUUAUUGUCUUUUUAUAUAACAAGGUAGGACCAAAAAUACGUUUUGAAAUAUUUACCAAGUGAUAUUUACCAAUGUUAUUAGAGUACUUAUAAUUUGAUACUUAAUUAAAGAUUAUCAGUAGUU